AUGGACCACAACCAAGGGCAUAAAAGAGAGCUGGACUCGCAAGGUGCCACUCAAAACAGCGGCACCCUCAGUACUGCAGUACUGCCUCCAGGGGCGACUGCUGACCUGAAGGAGAAGAAGUGGGACUUUAUUCAUAUGAUUCAGAUGCUGUAUUAUGUAAAAGACAUCCCAGCCACCCUGAAAUUCUUCCAUAGUCUCUUAGCUACCAGUGCUAAGAUUCUCAUUACUCUUGUGUCCAGAACCAGUGGCUGGGACAAGCUAUGGAAAAAGUACAGAUCUCACUUACCCCGGGAUGACCUCUGCCAGUAUGUCACAUCAUCUGACCUCGUGCAGAUGCUGGACAAGUUGGGGAUUAAGUAUGAGUGUUAUGACCUUCUGUCCACCAUGGACAUAUCUGACUGUUUUAAUGACAGCAAUGAAAAUGAAGACCUGCUUUGGGAUUUUUUGACAGAAACCUGCAACUUUAGUACAACAGCACCACCUGAUCUCAAAGCAGAAAUUAUGAAAGAUCUGCAAGACCCUGAAUUCAGUGUAAAGAAAGAGGGAAAGGUUCUUUUCAAUAACAGUCUGAGUUUCAUAGUGGUUGAGGCAUAUAUAUCCACCAUGAGAAUGUAUUCAAAUACUAUAGCUUGAACAAUUUUGAUCAUUCACUUAUUUGUGUAUUAAAAUUAUAAAUAUAUCUCAUAACAUAAACAGAGCAUUUUCUCUGAUAUGUAAAAUCUAGAAAAUCCCAAGAUAUUCUUGGACUUCCAUGUGGAAUCAUAUAUGACACUGCUGGUCUUAUCCCAUCCCUUCUAUCGGUAAAGAGACUACAUGCUGUCUACAUACCACAUAAUCUGGAAAAAUGAAACAACUAAGU